CAAAUGGAAAAAGUAGCUAGCGUUGAAGCGUAUCCAUCUGGUCGAGCGCAGUCAUUCACAGCAGACGCUUGUGCAGGGGAAUCUCCCACAGAUAUACAAGCGAGUAAGCUCAGUUUUUUCUGCUUGAGUAAACUAGCUACUCGCGUUACAAAAAUGAGAGCACUCGAAGUUCGUGAAGCUCAAAAAAAAUUCUUGAUGGAUGACGAAGAUCCUCGUCCGACGAGAUUCUUUAUGCAAUACCAUUACCGCCGUAAAAAUUCUGGUUUUCGUGAUUAUAAGUUACGGUUAGAUGAAGCAUUACAAGAUGACCCAUAUUCAGAAAAAUUAUCAAGUUUAAAAAGGAAAUGGGAGGCUUACGAGUAUAGGAAUGACUGGGAGAGCUACGAGGAUGAAAAACGAAGCCGAAGAGCUGACAAAAAAGUAAAGAAAACGAAACUUAAAGCACAUAUCGACUUUCACGGUCAUUUAGAUGAAAGGCUUACGAAGAAGAGUCAAACCGAUGGAAAUCAAACCAACAAUAUAUCGGUGCCUCAAUCGACGGAAUUUACUGAUAUUCUUCAUAAGACCGGAGAAGAUCAGACGCAAGUUCGGUUUAAUAAUGAUAAUGCAGGUCUUUUUAAUGACUUAGAUGUCGAUAACGAAGGUAACGAAAGAAAUGACGAAAUUGAAGAUAUUGUUGAAACGAAUAUUAAUAACGUUCUAGGUUCGCUUAAAAAUUUUGCGUCUGAGGAUAAAUCAAGUAUACUGGAAAAUUUGGAAAAUCGUUUGGCUACUGCAUACAAGGUUGUUUCUCACUUUGAUAGACAAUUUCCGUACACGAAAGAACUCUACAAUACAUUCCCCGAUCAAAUGAGAACAUUGGAGAAUGAAUGGGAAAAGAUAAUAGUAGAUCAUUUUGACGAAUUUUUGGAUGUUGAUCACGAGAAGCUUAUUAUGGUGUUCAGUAAACCUCCCUAUGAUGAUUUUUCUUAUAAACGUGACGAUGAAUUGAUUUGGUGUCAGAGAAUAUUUAUUGAUUUGACUCGACAAUUUCUACGUAAUAGAGGUGCUCUAUUUGAUAAAGAAGCCUCUGAGCUUCGCUAUCGCUCGGAAAUUGUGAAUCCUUUGCUUGCGGGGGCAUUUGAAAUUAUUGAACGUUCUAUAUGGCUUGAAACCGGAGAAAUUGAGAACGAAAUACAAAAAGUGCAACGGAAUGAUACUAAGGAAGAUAAUGAGCGGUCAAAACUUGGAAUGAAACAUGACGGUGUGAUCAAUAUGAUAAUACACGGAAAGAAAUAUCAAGUCGGAUUUCUUGAGGUCGUAGGCAAUGCCUUUAACAAUGACAUAACUGAUAGGAAUAUUGACUUAGAGAAAUUAUAUAAAGCAAUGUCAUUAUCAUUGUGGAAUCAACGUGCACAUCUCGAUAAUGAAACUUCGCAACAAUUAUCAACUUUUGCUGUAUUAGUCCAUGGGAAAAUUUUUAGUUUCUUAAGCAUGCAUUACAUUAAUAAUGAGUUUGUGGUUAAGAAUUAUGAUGAUUUCAUAUUACCAACAACAAAUGAAUGUCUGGUGAGAAUACCUAAAAUAAUAGAAACGAUUGCCAAAUUCAAGAUAAGAAUUAUGAUAUAUCAUCGAGAACAUAUGGCUAGUUUCCAUAAAGUAGUGCGUUCGCCAAGGGAUAAUCCACCCAAUGCUUCACCACAAAAGAAGAGGCAAUG